AAAAUUUUAUUAUUGUUUUCUUGCUUUAGAAAUAUAUGAAAGCCUUAAAAAGUUCUGACUAUUGUGGAAUUGUUGAUGGUGGCAUUGUAGAUGAAAUAUUUUUUCAAAUUCCUGAAAUUUUAAGCAUUCAUGAAGAAUUUCUUGAUGUUUUUACUCAAAGAUAUAACACUUGGGAUGUUUUGAGUACAGUUGGAGAUCUUUUUGUUGAAACGUUUACAAAACAACAAGUUAUAGACACCUACACAUCGUUUAUUAACAACUGGAAAUGUGCUAAAGAAGCUACCAAAGUAACAACUCUGGCUAAACCAGCAUUUGCCAGGUUUUUGGAGCAUAUGUCUCGAGAACAUAAGGGAAAGCUUGCUCUGGAUGCUCUUCUCAUAAUGCCAGUUCAACGGAUUCCCCGCUAUGAAUUACUUUUAAAGGAACUUUUAAAACAUACAAAUAUGGAACACUCUGACUAUAACCUUUUAGUUCAAGCUCAGAAGGAAGUUCAUGAAUUAGCUUUAAAAAUUAAUCGUGUAGAAAGGGAAGCUUUUCAGCAAGAAAUAAUACAACAGAAAGUUCGAGAAAUUGAACAAUAUAUUGAAGGUGUGAUUGAUCUUGUUCAGCCCGACCGAGAAUUUAUUCGUCAUGAUACUGUAACAAUACCUGGAAGUCUGGGAACUAAAAAAGAAAGAUGCCUUUUUCUUUUUUCUGACCUCAUGCUUAUCACCACCAUCAAAAAGAAAACAAUUAGAAAACCUUCAACUGCAGCCCUUUCAUCUUCACAAAAUGCAAAUGUUUUGGAAAUGAACAAAUACAAAUACCUCACGAGAUUUCCACUUGAUAGCAUGGAUAUAUCAAAAAGUACUAAUAUUAAUUUAAGGAGGACCUUGAAAGACAUUAAAAAUUUGGAGGAGGAUAUCAUUGUGCUAAAGGAAAUAAGUGAUUUAAUUAGCAAACUGAAUACACCACACCAGGUGUUGGAGGAUGUUGUGAAAGAUUUAUCAAAUGGGAUCUCAAAGCAUUUGCUUGAAAAACAAAACAAUGAUCUACCUUUAGUUUGUUUAGAGCUUGCUGUUACUUCUGCUGAGAGAGCAGAAAAUCUAGUAAUUCACUUUCCUUCAGCUGAACGCAAAGCCCUGUGGGAAGCAACAUUCAAUGAAGCAAAGCAGAAACUUGCUGCAUCUACAGGAAGAAGAUUUCCUCCUGAGUUCCUAAUUCCUCUGCCAAUUCGCAAAACUAGAGCUGGUCUCCAGUUUACCUGUGCCAGUGCAACUCCAUUGGGUAUUAAUCAACAAGGAUUAAGAGAUGUUUGGGUGUGCAACAGUGAUGGCUAUGUAGGACAAGUCUGUGUGCUUAGCUUACUGCCUGAGCCAACGGUUAUGUCUUGCAAUGGUAUCUGUAACACUCGAAUUCUCACAAUUUCCUCAGCUCCAGCUCUAAUGGUGGCUGAUAAAAACAGAUGGAGGCCUGAAAAUAUGACAGGAGUAAGCAUUGAAGUUGAAGAAGUUGAAGGAGGGUGUAUUGAAGUUGAUAUUAACACUAGAAACAUCCAACUUGAUAGUGACUCCAGUGAAGAAGAUGAUGAUAUUGAAAUAGAUGUUUCUGAAAAGAAAUCAGACGAAAAAGCAGAUUCCUUUUCAAGAGAGGAAGAUAAUAAUCAAGAAGAUGAUAAUAAUCAACCAACAAUGUGGCUGGGCACUCAAGAUGGAUGUAUCCUUGUAUACAACUCCUAUGAUAAUAUUAGAACAAAGAAACAUAAAUAUAAGUUUCAGUUAGCUUCUGCUAUACAGUGUAUCAUAUACAUGGAUAAUAAAGUUUUUGUCUCAGUCAUUGAUGGAGAAAUUUACAUCUAUAAAAGAGAACUAGGAGCAGGGUGGUAUCCUAAUGAACCAGCAGUUAUAAAUGUUGGAAAUAAAAAUUCCACUGUCAGUAAAAUGUUGGCGGUUACUGGAAAACUUUGGUGUUCUUGCGAAAAUAUGGUAUACAUUUUAAACACCACAUCAAUACAGGAAGAGCAUUCUUUUGCUGUGUGUAAUGAUGCAACACGGUUUAUCAGCUGCAUGGUAACGUCAGGAUUAGGGGUUUGGCUUACUCUCCAUCAUAGUGCCAUUAUUAGACUUUAUCAUGCUACUUCAUACUCACCACUUUUGGAUGUCAAUGUCUCACCAGUUGUUUCUAAGACAUUAUCAGAAACAGAUGAUAUAAUCAAGCAACACAAAUCAGCCUGUUUAAGGGUUACAGCCAUGCUAGCUUCUAAGGAUAUUCUUUGGGUUGGUACUAGUGCCGGAGUCAUUCUUACUUUCCCUCUUCCUCAUCUAACUUCAUCUACUACAAUUGUAGAAGACUCUCCUACUGUUUCUGGUCUUUCCCAUGGACAUACAGGGCAUGUUAGAUUCUUAACAUGUGUUGAAAUGACUCCUGGAUACGUUUUAGAACAAGUGAGCUUUCAAAAGUAUGUUUUUCGAUUAGUGAAAUCAAAGAGUCGACGAGCAUCAACAAAUAAUGCCUGUAAACUGUUAGUCAUAAGUGGGGGUGAUGGUUAUGAAAAUUUCCAUCAGUCUGGUGGUAUAGGAGAAGCAGCUGGUCGUGAUGAUAGCACUAAUCAUUUACUUCUGUGGCAAGUGUGAAGUCAAUUUACCUGUGAUAAUAACAUAUUUAUUCACAAUAUUAUGGUGAUAAUUCAAUGAAUGAAAAUUUGUUAAAUGAAUAUUUGAUUGUAAACACUUUUUGAAUGUAACAUUGUAAACACUUCGAUGUAAUUAUUUCUUUUACUGUCUAUUUUUAUGGAAAUAUGUAGUUAAAAUUAAGCCAUUAUAAAUUAAGUUAUUAUGACAUUGUAUAAUAUGUAAUUAAAUUAUUAUAAAAUUAUAUUAUAAUUUUCCAGAGAAACUUAUUUUACCUUACUGAUUUAUUGUGUUCAAAAUUAUCUUAAUACCUUUUUAAAUAACAAUGAAUUUAAACAUAUCAUCUAAUUUAAAUGCUCUUAAACGGGGAUAAAUAAAAUAUUUUUUAAAAAUUUAAAAUUCAUAUUUCUUGCAAGAAAUUUCCUUAAGUAAUAUUUUUGUUAGUUUAUUGAACUUAUGAGUUUGAAACAAACAAGCAUGAAUUUCUUUUUUAAAUCCACCUAACUUACCAUUCAAUGAUCAUUAAGAAAAAGAUUUUAAUCAUGGAAAAUUGUUUUAUUAUUCAUGAUAAAGAUACAGGGUGUUCCAUAAUUCCCACAUUUAAUGUAUACUUUUUUAGAAUCGUCAUCCAAAAUAAAGUUUUAAAGUAUUAAAAAUUAAUAUUUGAGUGAGAAAUAAAUCAAAAAUUUGAUCAAUUUAAGAAAAAAGAAUCCUAACAAAAUGUCAAACAAAAAUCCUAACAAAUUGUCAACAAUUUUUGAGUUUCAUCUAAUAAAUUAAUUACCUUUUAUUAAUUAUAAAAGGGUUAUUUAAAGUAAUGGCAAUAUACGAGGAAAAUAUUUUGUAAUAAAUGUACAAGCAAAAAUAAUAUAUAUAUAGAUAUAAUAAAUAAAUAAA